AUGCUGAUGAAUCUGACCAUCUACGCCAUGCAUGAGAAAAGAAACAACCGGUCGCACAGGGUAGACAUUCGGUAUAGGCCGUGGAGGACAGCCCGUGUUGUUUUGAGUUUGAAGGGCUCACCCCGCUUACGAUCUGCUCUCGGGGUAGUACAUCGCGAGGCUGGAUGGUGUUUCGGUGGGUUUUGCAUACGUACUGACGGGUAUAUAUAUGUUCUGCUAUUCUACUUGUUAUCCUUUGUAGUGUUCUAUCGUUUCUUCAUAUGCACUCACACCCCUUCACAACUCACUUACACUAAAUUUACUUCCCCCCCUCCCGCUAUUCAUUUAGACACCACACCGCACCGCACCACCAUGCUUAUCCUCCCCCUCCUUUUCCUCCUCCCCCUUUCCACCGCCAAACCACCAAAACUAAACUCCAACGGCAUCCCCCCCUUCUCUUCCCUCCCCCUCAACCCCCCGGCCCCUUACCUCUCCGCAUGGGGCCUCUAUGGCCCCAACGACGAACUCGGCACCCUCAACCGCCUCUCCCCAGCCAUCGUGGCAGCUGCCUCAAAGACAGAGAUCAAGACAGGCGUGAGAGUGAGUCUCAACUGGGCGAUGAACGCCCAAGGCAACGAAUCCUUCAUCAACCGCGGGAAUUUCGGACACAGGAUCUACCCCGCGGGCCCGUACUACGACGAGGUGUGGGAUUAUAACUCCCAGGUAAGCAGUCACUGGGAUAGUUUAAGGCAUUUCCCUUAUAUACAAGAGAGGAAGUUUUACAACGGGGUUGAGGAUGGGGAUAUUUUGGGGGAGGGGAACGGGACUAGGAAUAGCAUACAUGUCUGGUCGGAAAGGGGGAUCGUCGGACGGGGGGUGUUGGUUGAUUUUCACAGUUGGAGGCUGAAGCAGUUGGAAGGGAGAAAUCCGGAGGAGAGGUUCAAGAGGUUUGAUCCGUUUGUGGGGGAGACGAGUGGGAUUUCGCUGGAGGAUGUGAGGGCUGUGUUGAAGUGGCAGGGGACGAAGGUUAGGUUUGGGGAUAUUUUGAUUGUGAGGUCUGGGUGGACUGUCGGCUUCAACAACAAGACCCGCGAGGAGAUCCUGGCUCUGCAGCGUGCUGGUUCGAUCAGCGCUUCGGGUUUGGAACAGAGUCUUCCCAUGAUGAAGUUCCUCUGGGACAACUUUUCUGCUGUGGCGGGUGAUAUGCCGGGUGUGGAAGCUUAUCCGGCGAGGGCAAACUUCACCAUGCAUGAGGUGUUGCUCGCUGGUUGGGGGUGUCCGAUGGGCGAGUUGUUCGAUCUGGAGGCGCUUGCUGCAGAGGCCAAGAGGCAGAAGCGAUGGAGUUUCUUUUUGACGAGCGAGGUUAUCAACCUGCCCGGCGCUUUGGCUAGUCCGAUUAAUGCGCUGGCUAUCUUCUGAGGAGGAAAGCGGAUGGCACCUAAAUUGUGGGGGUAUCAGAAUACGUAGUUCAUUGUUUAUUGUGAUUGAUACUAAUGAAAUAGCAACACAUCAACAACAUACAUAGAAAUCAAUGGAGUUGAAUCAAACUGUCUAGUUGU